AAAAAACUGGAAUGGAAUCCACCAUAUAUCUUCUAGGCUAGGGGCUUGCUUGUGUGUUUGAUCUGCAUGCUUCUCUCUGAGCUCUUGAAAGUCAGAAGGUUGGGUCAGAGGCUGUGGUUACAUUGAAUAACGUGCUCUCUGUGUGCACUUCACCCAAUCGCUCGACAAAGUGUUGUUGAUCUAUUCUGCGAAAGCUCCUCUAAAGAGAUUGAUCUAGGUCGCUGGCUACCAGUAUAUAACCGCACGAAACCCUCCUGGUCCAAGGUCCUCCAUAGUUACGCAAAUCCCCGAGUGCUCCUUUCUGCACAAUCGACUCCUAUGCCUCAUCCACUCGUCGGAAAGCCCGCUCCUUCUCUUUCUCUCCCGGACGCGAAUGGGGAGACUUACACCUUGACCCCUGUGGCCAGCGAUGUUCCCAUUGCCUUGUUCUUUUAUCCUCAGUCUGGAACGUAUGGGUGCACAAAGGAAGCCUGCGAAUUCCGCGAUGCUCUUGCUGAAAAGGAGUUGUAUCAGCGCACCAAAGUCCAAAUUAUCGGGGUCAGCAAGGACCCAGUUGAGAAACAGAAAGUCUUCGUGGAGAAGGAGAAGCUAACGUACCCCGUUCUGAGCGAUGCCAGUGGGGAUGCACGCAAAGCGUACCACGUCGGGAAAGGCCUACUGGGUCUCACGGACGCUCGCGUCACCUUUUUUAUUGACUCCAAGGGGGUUGUGCGGGACGUGUUGGACACGACGGUGAAUUUCAGUGCUCACGCCAAGUUCGUCACGAAGUGGCUCGAUAAGAUCGAGGCAGAGGAAGGCAAAUCGACUGCGGACGAGAGCGCCGUGCCCGCUCCAGCCGGUGCGGAAGGAGCAGAACCAGUAUCCCCCACUGGUGAAGGUGAGGGUGAACAGCAGCAGGCUUGAGAAUCUGCGAUUGGCUCGUCUUUAGCUUCUCAGUGAAAUGCAACGUGCGAAGCAAAUGUACACUAGUGUUGUUCAGGAACAGUGCUCUCUCUUUCUCUUUCUCA